UUCACACUCUAAAGGUCGCCAGGCCUCAGAGUUUAGUGCCGCACAAGACAGCAUGAAGCCUGUGCAGGUGUAUCUUGUGUACGUCUUGCUAAGUGCAUGCGUGUUCAGAGCAUUGUCUGCCAAAGAUGCUGAGCCGAUCCAAGAGGAUAAAAAUGUACUGGUGCUGACCGAAAGCAACUUUGACCGAGCGCUCAAACAACAUAGUCAGUUACUGGUGCACUUCUAUGCUCCUCUCUCUGGAGAUUCUCUAGGCUCAAUCUUGGAAUUUGCAAAAGCAGCCAGUGAGCUGAAGGAGGCUGAGUCUGAUGUGAAACUGGGAGGAGUUGAUGUGACCAAACAGAAGGAACUUGCCAAGACCUUAAACGUUACAGCUGCGCCAUCUUUAAGACUCUACCUGUCCGGAGACCAGUACAACCCUGUUUACUGUCCAGUUCUGAAGAGCUCUGCCUCCAUCAUAACAUGGCUUAAGAGGAGAACGGGCCCUAGAGCUGACCUCAUCAGUGAUCUCGACCAGUUAGAGACCUUUAUUGCAGAAGAUGAUCUGGUUGUUCUUGGAUUAUUUAAGGAUGUCGAGGAAGGUGUGGUAACAGUGUUUUACGAUGUGGCAGCUCAUGUUGCUGACCUGCCUUUUGGUGUAACACAAAGGAAGGAGAUCUUCAACAAAUAUGACAUAACUGAUGACUCAGUUCUGCUUCUCAGAAAGUCAAAAACUGCAGAAAAAAUUGAGAUGACAAGCACAACAGUGAAAGAAGAUGUCAUUCACUUCAUCAGAAUCCACGAGAUGCCACUAGUGACAGAAUAUAAUGGCAAGACAUCAUCCAUGAUCCUGAACUCUGUGGUGCAGAAUCACUUGGUUCUUUUUAUUGACAAGGCCGAGAAAGGAUUUAGACAAACGCAACGUGCCUUCAAAAGCACCGCCAAAGAGUUCAGAGGAAAGGUUCUGUUUGUGCUGAUUGACACGGGGGAGCCUCGAAAUGGACGCAUCAUGGAGUAUUUUCAUGUGAGAAAGGAAGAUGCACCUCUGGUGCGCAUGGUUAACUUGACAAACAACUUCCAAUAUCAGUUGCCUUCAGAUCUCCUGGACGCACAAACCUUUACUGACUUCUGUGAAAGUUAUCUACAAGGGAAUGCUAAGCUGAAGCUACAAAGUGAGCCAGUCCCUGAUGGUUGGGACAAGCAGCCAGUGAAGGAGCUGGUGGGAAUAAACUUUGAGAGGGUCUCUUUCAACCACAACAAGAAUGUCUUAAUCCUGUUCUAUGCCCCAUGGAGCCCAGAGUGCCGAGCACUUUUUCCUCUGUUGGAAGAGCUUGCAGAGCACUUCAGUGAAAAUGAAGAUGUGGUUGUUGCUAGAAUCGAUAUAACAGCAAAUGACGUAAACCUCCGCAUGUCAGACAGAUACCCAACCAUUAAAAUGUUUCCUGCCGUCUACGCUGAAAGGGUAGUGUCAUACUCCGGCGAAAGGAAGUUGGAACCAAUAGUUGAGUUUGUGAAUGCAGAAAGAGAGCGUGCCAAGAUGGACAAAGCUGAGGAAGAGAUAGAGAGGAAGAAAUAUCUGGACGCACAGAAAGCAGCAGCCAAAGAGGAAUUAUAGUGAUGGACAGAUGGACACACACAGACAGAAACCAAUACUUGUCUAACUGCUUUCCAAGGAUGGCCUUUCAGUCUUGACUUCUGAGACUUUUCAAACUUACUUUUGAAAUUCAAGCAUAAGCAAUAAAUUGGAUCAGAAAAAACUUUCAGAUAAUCUUUCAGUUGGGUUUUUAAAAGAACUGUGAACCCUAAAGAACAUUUAGGGCAGUGUUUCUAAACCCUGGAGGCCCACUGCCCUGCACUUUUUGGUGUAUUUACCCACUCUCAAUAUACCUGAUCCAGCUCAUUAAUAGCCCUUUAUUAGGUUAAAGUGAGUGUGUUAACCCUCUGUUGCAUGAUGUUGCCUCAGAGCAACAAACUCAUCUUCCUAAUUUUAAAUUAACAUUAUAUAUAUUAUUAUACAUUAAACAUAGGGUUAACAAUUAAGGGGAGGAGUUUGAAUAGGUCAAUAAAAGGCAGGUACUUGGUCACACUAUCUCUUAAUGGGCAUAUUUAAACUUUUUUUUAACAUUCAUGAGAAUUUGCAGAAAUAUGUUCGUUGCCUAUAAACAACAUUGUGCCACAGUGGAAUGGAUUUAGCCAGUCACAAGCCAGGUCUCCCCACUUCAGGGAACAUGGCUGUAUAUCUUUUCUUCCCAUUGUUGCACAAUGUUGCCUCAAGGCAACAUACUCCAAAAGGACCUUGUACACAUUUUUUUUGUUUGUUUCGAAAUGUAAUAAUCAGGUCCAAAAAAAUAAAUCAAGGACCAAUUUAUGCAAGAAACGUGAAUUGAAUAUAUAUAUUUUUAAUUGCUCUCAUACAGUAGAGGGUUAAAGCAGGGAAAGCACUAAAAUGUGCAGGAUAUUCCUUUAGGGUAUCAUAAGUAGUCCUUGUAUGGGACUUCAAUAUUUUGGCAUAAUUCAGUCAUUCAGUUUGAUUUAAACCCAGGCUUUGUGUGCAAAUUGGAUUCGUUUCUUGUAUCUCAUUUUUAGGCUGACUGUUCAGAUUUCAAGUCACAAGUGACCAAAUCUGAUUUGUACAGUCAGAUUAUAGUCACAUUUGCUUGCAUUUACAUUGGUUGCCCAUAGUAAUGAGGCACAUGUGCAUAUGCUGGUCAGACAGGGGCAAAACAUAGAAAACCUAACAACGAUCACUAGCUAAUAGAAUGGUCAUGCUAUAUUUUACUACAGUUUCAUUUUUGUGAUACAGCAUGAACACUAUAUGGAUAACUUGGUCACCAGGCUGCUAACAAGCUAUAGACUAUACCAGUAAUACUCAGAGACAAGCUUUAAGUUCAUAUAUUUGAAUGAAUCAGUCAUUGUAAACUAGAACGUGCAAAGUAAAAAGUAUGUUACCUAAAUUGCUUUUACAAGCUUGUACAAUUUGUGUUAAAGUUGUAAUAUGUAAAUGUACACCACUGAUGCCCCUCAUUGGUAGGUAUUUGGACCUACCAAUGGCUUAUUCCAGCUCCUGUCUCCACCCCUCCUUCUUUACACACACCAGUAGAUUGUUGUAUACAGUAUAUGGUCAAAAGUAUGUGGACACUUUUUUACCCAUUGUCAACAGGUGCAUAAAAUCAAACACAUAGCCAUGUAGUUUCUACAGACAAACAGUGGAAGUAGAAUGGGUCAUACUGAAGAGCUCAGUGACUUUAAAUGUGCUCACAGCAAGGCUCAUAAACACAUGGAUUGACAAGUUGUGUAGGAACUCCAGUGGCCUACAUAGAUCCCUGACCUCUACCCCACUGAACAUCUUUGGGAUGAACUAGAACAUUGAUUAUGAGCCAGGCCUUCUCAUCCAACAUCAGUGGCUGACUCCCCAAAUUGUCUUUUGACUACAUGGGCACAAAUUCAUACAGACACACUCCAAAAUCUUGUGGAAAGCCUUCCCAGAUAAGUAGAAGCUGUUAUAGCUGUUCUGUUGUUUUGGAAUUGGAUGUCCAACAAGCUCAUACAGGUGGAAUGGUCAAAUGU